GCCGCUUCCUCUUGGCGGGUGGGCUGCAGCCAUGGAAGGCGAGCCUCCACCUGUGGAGGAGCGGCGGCGGCUGCAGGAGGAGCUGAGCGAGUUCGUGGAGAGCUGCUGCCGGACGCUGGAGGAGGUGACGGCGUCCCUGGGCUGGGACCUGGAUAGUCUGGAUCCCGGGGAAGAGGAGGCGGCGGAGGAUGAAGUUGUGUUAUGUCCUUACGAUUCCAAUCAUCACAUGCCUAAAUCGUCUUUAGCAAAGCACAUGGCAUCUUGUAGAUUGAGGAAAAUGGGCUAUACCAAAGAAGAAGAGGAUGAAAUGUAUAAUCCUGAGUUUUUCUAUGAGAAUGUGAAGAUACCUUCAAUUACUUUGAAUAAGGACUCACAAUUCCAGAUAAUUAAACAAGCUAGAACUGCAGUUGGGAAAGACAGUGAUUGUUAUAAUCAAAGGAUUUAUUCUUCUUUGCCUGUUGAAGUUCCUCUGAAUCACAAACGGUUUGUUUGUGAUCUAACUCAAGCUGAUCGUCUUGCCCUCUAUGAUUUCGUAGUUGAGGAGACAAAGAAAAAGCGCUCUGAUUCUCAGAUUAUUGAAAAUGACAGCGAUCUCUUUGUAGACUUGGCUGCCAAAAUCAAUCAAGAUAAUAGUCGAAAAAGUCCAAAAUCCUACCUUGAAAUCCUAGCAGAAGUAAGAGAUUAUAAAAGAAGACGCCAGUCCUAUAGAGCUAAGAAUGUUCACAUAACCAAGAAAUCAUAUACUGAGGUGAUUCGAGAUGUGAUAAAUGUGCACAUGGAAGAACUCAGCAAUCACUGGCAAGAAGAACAAGAGAAGGCAGAGGAUGAUGCUGAAAAGAAUGAAGAAAGGCGAUCAGCUUCAGUAGAUUCACGGCAGUCUGGUGGAAGCUAUUUGGAUGCUGAGUGUUCACGACAUAGAAGGGACCGGAGUAGAAGCCCACAUAAAAGAAAAAGAAAUAAAGAUAAGGAUAAAAACUGUGAGUCGAGAAGAAGGAAAGAGAGGGAUGGAGAAAGACACCAUAGUCAUAAAAGAAGAAAGCAAAAAAUAUAAAUGAAGUACUUGUACAUGUAUUAAUUAUGCUUAUGCCAUGGUAACCAAUAUGCUGAUAUAUUAAUUGGAAUUGCUUUGCAUAGGAGAAUGUUUUCAUGAUCUGUUUAGUGCUUAUUAUUUU